AUGAUUGAAGGAAGAUUAGGAAACGUAGUCAUAUGUUAAGCUCCUUAUAGCCAAAUCGCAAACAUGGAUUUUACUUAAUAUAGAUAAGGAUAAUAAAAUAAAACAGGUCAGGUCUUAGAAAGGUCUAAAAUUUUAUUUGGAAUGAGCAAUCCUAUUGAUUUAGUUGAAGUAAAAAUUUAUCCUCCUUCAUUUAAAGGAAGUGGAUAAAAUGAUUAAUAAAUGCAAUAUAAUUUAUAAAGAAACUUUGUUGAGGAUGUAAAUUCUAUCCAAAUAGUUUAAAUCAAUGAACUUGAAAAGAUUAAAUAAAAAUCCCUCUCAGUUAGAGAGAAAAACUCAUUGCAAGAUUAUGAUGACAUCAAUAGCAAACCAAAAAUCAAAAUGACUGAUAGUGUUCUCAGUGAAACAGAUGAAAAAGCAUAAAGUAAUGGAAUAAAUAAAAUAUACUCUAAUUAAGUGAAUCAAACUAAUUUUUAAUGA